AUGGCCAGUAUGGCAUCAAAGGAAACUGCAACACCAUUGUACUUUGAAGAAAGCCAUGCUAUUAUUAGUACUAUCGGUCUUGUUUGGGUUCUUCUGGGCAUUACGAUCGCUAGCAUUAAGGGAAGGCUUUCUGCUGUCCUCCUUGUGCCAAUUAUCGUCUCCGCUGCAUGUGCUCUAGCUAAUGGUUUGCGUUAUAUUGCCUAUUUUGGCGAACGCUCUCUCGUUACUACCACUAUUGCUGACUUGUUCGCGGAAUUCUUUUAUCUAAUUCAAGAAACUGGACUCCCCUUCUAUGGCUAUUUAAUUCUAUACUAUAUUUUACAUGGCAGAGACCGCGCAAUCUUCCUAACCCUCUUCUGGGUGCUAAUGCUUGUUGUUAUCGUUAUUCGGGUCUUUGUCAUUAUAAACUUAGGGCUCUUUUCUCUUACACACUAUAUCUCGCUACGCCGAUUCCAGACCAUUACUAGAUCGCUAAUGCCCAUUGUCUUUGUGGCUGUCGCGUUAAUCGAAUGUAUAACCGCCGUGUUCUUGCUAAGGACACUCCGCUUAGCGCUCCUAGCAUCAGGAAAAAGCCCCCUAAAGGGCGGUAGACUGGUCCGCUAUCUUAUGAGCAGCACUGAGAUCCGCGUCGCAUCGCUAGCUCUUAUUGGCAUUGCGCGCACGGCGACAUACUUGUCCCAAGGACACGAACUUACUGGAGGUACAAAUACGGUAGCUAUCCAGGUUGAUAUGUUUAUAAUCGUGCUACAAGCUCUAUUCCCAAUCACUAUGUUCAUCGAUAUUAUCACCUCACACUACAUACGAGCCCUUGAGAGCCGCGCGAGAAGCUACCCACUUAGUUCUGUAACGGGAGAAGGCGCCAGUGCAGUGUGGCAAGCAACCCGACAGACCUAG